AUGGCUGAUUUCCCGCCUGGGUUAGAGCCGCUGGCUCCGCUAGAACUCAAUGACGACUUCAAGAAGCCAGCUCUGCCGGUACCCCCGGUGGUGCGAGGGAAGGCGCCGGUCACCAGCCCUUCAGAGUCUGAGGAAGUGAAGAAAGAAAGGCCAGCGGCGCAGCCGCAAUCAGAUUCUGGGGACCCCGGCGUCCAGCCGGCUCAGCCGAACAGUGGAGAGAAUAGGAAUCCGCCGGAGGAGCAACCCUGUGCCCCGACGGCAACCUCCCCUAGUGUGGUGACACGGGCGCUUGCAUACCAAGAGCCACCGUGGGGCGGCCCGGCCGCGGCUCCCUACAGUCUAGAGAUCCUGAAAGGCGGCACCAUCCUUGGCACCCGGAGCCUGAACGGGACGAGUCGCUGUCUUUUCGGGCGGCUGUCUAGCUGCGACGUGUGCCUGGAGCACCCUUCAGUGUCCCGGCAUCACGCCGUGCUGCAGCACAGGAUUUCCGCCACCGAUGGAGAAGGCGACGGGCACGAGCCAGGCUUCUACCUUUACGAUCUGGGAAGCACCCAUGGCACUUUUCUCAACAAAACACGCAUUCCACCCCGUACUUAUUGCCGGGUCCACGUUGGACACGUUCUUCGUUUUGGGGGCAGCACUCGGCUGUUUAUCCUGCAGGGACCAGAGGAAGACCGAGAGGCAGAAUCUGAGUUAACAGUAACACAGUUGAAGGAAUUGCGCAAGCAGCAGCAAAUGAUGUUGGAGAAGAAAAUGUUGGGAGAGGACUCGGAUGAAGAGGAAGUGGAUACCACUGAAAAGAAGCAAAAUACUAGUAGUCAAGACGAUGAGAUGGGCUGCAUGUGGGGAAUGGGAGAAGAUGCUGUAGAGGAUGAGGCUGAAGAGAACCCCAUUGUCUUAGAGUUUCAGCAGGAAAGAGAAGCCUUUUAUAUAAAGGACCCAAAAAAGGCUCUCCAAGGUUUUUUUGAUCGAGAAGGAGAAGAAUUGGAAUAUGAAUUUGAUGAACAGGGGCACAGUACUUGGCUCUGCAGGGUGAGGCUCCCUGUGGAUGACUCAACUGGAAAGCAGCUGGUGGCGGAGGCCAUUCACUUAGGAAAGAAAAAGGAAGCAAUGAUCCAGUGCUCCCUGGAAGCUUGUCGGAUCCUUGACACUUUGGGAUUGCUACGUCAGGAAGCAGUAUCUCGGAAAAGGAAAGCCAAAAACUGGGAAGACGAAGACUUUUAUGAUAGUGAUGAUGACACAUUCCUUGAUCGGACUGGCCUUGUUGAAAAGAAACGUCUCAACCGAAUGAAAAAGGCUGGGAAGAUAGAUGAGAAGCCAGAGACCUUUGAAUCACUAGUCGCAAAGUUAAAUGAUGCUGAAAAGGAACUCUCAGAAAUUUCUGAGCGCCUGAAAGCCUCAAGCAAAGCUCUGUCGGAGUCAUCAUCUCAGGACUCUUUAGAUGCAUUUAUGUCAGAAAUGAAAUCGGGGAGUGCAUUAGAUGGUGUGUCCCGGAAGAAACUUCACUUGAGAACUUUUGAGCUGAGGAAAGAACAACAAAGACUUAAAGGGUUGAUAAAAAUUGUAAAGCCAGCAGAGAUUCCAGAAUUAAAAAAGACUGAAAAUCAGACUUCAGAUUCAGAAAACAAAGCUAAAAAGCUCACAUUGCCUCUCUUUGGUGCUAUGAAAGGAGGAAGCAAAUUCAAAUUAAAAACUGGAACAGUAGGGAAGUUACCCCCUAAGCGUCCAGAGCUCCCUCCAACUCUAAUGAGAACAAAAGAUGAACCUGAAGUAGAAGAGGAGGAAGAGGAGGAGGAGGAAGAAGAAGAGUGUGAAAAGAAAACAGUGGAGGCUGGAGGCAGUGGGUUACAGCAGGAGACAGAGCCAGGAGCUGUGGUGCAGGAAGAGAGUCCUCCCGCAGAGGUCACGUGUUCUAAAGAAACAAAAGGCCAAGAAAAUAUGUCACAACUUGGCGAUGUGGAAGAGAAUAAGGAGGAUCAAAAGAUGAGUGAACCCACAUCAUCACGUGGCCAGGAACCCUCAGCAUUAAAGAAGGAGUGUGAAAAAAGCAGAGACGAGUUGAAGAAAAAGAAAGCUACGGGUCCGAGCAAGGUUUUACCAACACUUUCCUCCAAAUACCCAGAAGAUGACCCAGACUACUGUGUUUGGGUCCCACCUGAAGGCCAAAGUGGUGAUGGCAGGACCCAUCUUAAUGACAAGUAUGGCUACUGA